CUAAUGGUGGGAGAAGAGGCCAGCGAGUGUCGCUCCAUGCUGGAAAUGUCCUACCCCAUGGAGAAUGGCAUGGUGCGCUGCUGGGAGGAUAUGCUCCACCUGUGGGACUACACCUUUGGCCCAGAAUGCCUGGACAUCAACCCAAAAGAAUGCAAGAUCCUACUGACUGAGCCGCCCAUGAACCCAACCAAAAACCGCGAGAAAAUCGCUGAAAUCAUGUUUGAGAAGUAUCAGUUCUACGGCAUCUACGUGGCCAUCCAGGCCGUGCUCACUCUGUACGCUCAGGGUUUGCUUACUGGUGUUGUAGUUGACUCAGGAGACGGCGUCACCCACAUCUGUCCAGUGUACGAGGGCUUCUCUUUGCCCCACCUUACACGCAGGCUGGACAUCGCAGGACGUGAUGUCACACGCUACCUCAUUAAGCUCCUGCUGCUUCGCGGCUACGCCUUCAACCACACUGCUGACUUUGAGACUGUGCGCAUGCUGAAGGAGAAGCUCUGCUAUGUGGCAUACAACAUUGAGCAAGAGCAGCAUUUGGCCACAGAGACCACUUACCUGGUGGAGACAUUCACGGUACGUUGGAGCAAGCUUUAA